AUGCCUCAUAAAUGUGCUGUAGCCACAUGUCGUGGUAAUUAUAAAAACGGACCAAAAGUGGCUGUAUUCAAGUUUCCAAAUGAGACUGAACUCCGGAUGAAAUGGAUAAGGAGUCUACGAAGAAAAGAUGGCUUUCAACCUACUAAACAUACCAGAGUAUGUGAAUUACAUUUUCGAUCAGAUGAAAUAAUACGAGAAAUCGAAAUGUAUGAUGAGAAAUCAGCGAAGUUAAUUAAAGCCCCAAUUUCUAGGCCACGUUUGAAAAAAGGAUGCAUACCUUCUCAGUUCCCUGAUGGCCCAUCCUACAUGUCAUCAAAUUCUGUAUCGAGAAUGUCACCAGAAAAGAAGAAAGCUCGUUUAGAAGAGAAAUACCUGGAGAAAGCGAUAGAAGAAAGUUUGAAAAUGAAAGAACGGUGUACUGUCCAUGAUGCUGAACUUCCCGAACCUCAAGUUGAAUUUGCUCAUAAUACCUUUGGGCAUCUCUGGUGUUUUGAAAUACGUUAUCAUUUUGGUGAUAUCGAAUUUGGUUUGGCACUUCUGGAUACGAUCUAUAUUUCUCAGCAGUGUGUCGAUCCUCAUUUCGGAAAUCAAUAA